UAGAACACGUCUUCCAAUUAUUUACAUUUUUGCCCACCAACUGGAAGCAGACAGUGUUUUAAAUUUUAACUAUCUACGCACUUUGUCGUCCCACUCUUCAAUUAUCUUCAGGAAGCAGGUUCAGUUUUCACCUUCUGCAAUGGCUUGCUCUUCAUCACACACGAAGAAUUUUGAUGUGUUUGUGAGCUUUAGAGGUCUGGAUACUCGUAAUAGUUUCACUGAUCAUCUUUUUGCUGCUCUUCAAAUGAAAGGCAUUGUUGCUUUCAGGGAUAACCAAAAUAUCAAGAAAGGAGAACUCUUGGAGCCUGAGCUCUUGCAGGCAAUCGAAGGAUCACAUGUUUUCAUUGUUGUCUUCUCAAAAGACUAUGCAUCAUCCACAUGGUGCUUGAAAGAGCUGAGAAAGAUUUUUGAUGGGGCUGAAGAAACAGGGCGAAGUGUGCUCCCUAUUUUCUAUGAUGUCACUCCUUCUGAGGUCCGGAAACAGAGUGGAAAGUUUGGAAAAGCUUUUGCUGAACACGAAGAAAGGUUCAAAGAUGAUUUGGAAAUGGUAAAAAAAUGGAGGGAAGCUCUCAAAGCAAUUGGCAAUCGUAGUGGUUGGGAUGUACAAAAUAAACCACAACAUGAAGAAAUUGAAAAAAUUGUUGAAGAGGUAAUGAACCUACUGGGUCAUAAUCAAAUUUGGAGUUUCAGUGGUGAUUUAGUUGAUAUGGACUCUCGUGUGAAACAAUUGGAAGAGCUUCUAGAUUUGAGCGCAAAUGAUGUUGUUCGCGUUGUGGGAAUUUGGGGGAUGAGUGGAGUAGGAAAGACAACACUUGUUAAAGCUUUAUUUGGUAAAAUCUCUCCUCAAUAUGAUGCCCGUUGUUUCAUUGAUGAUUUAAGCAAAACUUGUGGGGAUUUUGGAGCAACAAGUGCACAAAAACAACUUCUUUGUCAAACUCUAAAUCAAGCAAAUAUAGAGAUACACAAUCUUUCCCACGGAAUCAUGUUGAUAAGAACUAGGCUACGUCGCUUAAAGACACUUAUUGUUCUUGAUAAUGUUGAUCGGGUUGAACAAUUAGAGAAUUUGGCUUUGCAUCGUGAAUAUCCAGGUGAAAGGAGUAGAAUCAUCAUAAUCUCUAAAAAUAUGCAUAUCUUAACAAAUUAUGGAGUAGAUGAAGUUUACAAUGUUCAACUCCUUAAUAAGGAUAAGGCUCUUCAAUUACUUUGCAAAAAAGCUUUCAAAUCUGAUGAUAUUGUGAAAGGGUAUGAAGAGGUAACAUCUGAUGUACUGAAGUAUGUCAAAGGCCUUCCACUAGCAAUCAAAGUAUUGGGCUCAUUUUUGUUUGAUCGAGAUGUUUUUGAGUGGAGAAGUGCAUUAACUAGAAUGAAAGAAAAUCUAAGUAAAGAUAUCAUGAAUGUGUUGCGAAUAAGUUUUGAUGGAUUGGAGACAAUGUAAAAAGAAAUAUUUCUAGAUAUUGCUUGUUUCUUUUCAAGUGAUCAA